GCUCCCAUCCAAAAUGGCUGCAUCACUGGUAGAGCAUGUUGUCGCAGACGCAGGAGCAUUUAUAAAGCGAGCACCUCUUCAGGACAUCGGAAAUAAUAUCUACACCCUGAAAGAUGUGAUUAAUGAGAUCAGAGACAAGCCCACUAGGAAGAGUCUGGCAUUCCUACCAUAUCAACUCAACUUCAAAGAACCUCAUCCUGAAUACAUUAGAUUGGUGACAGAGUUCUCUAAGAAGACGGGAGACUACUCCAGUCUCUCCGCCACAGACAUUAAGGUCCUGGCUUUGACAUAUCAAUUGGAGAAGGAACAUGUUGGGACAGAUCACUUGAAAAAAGAGCCAGAAGUCAAAGUUGAAAUCCGCAGCACACUACGCCACCCAGAGGCUCCAGUCAACGUUGCAGGAUUCCACUUUCCUUUAAAUAAGCCAGAGGAGGGUACAUCCAGUAACCGACAGACCCCAACACUGGCGCAGAUUUCCACAGAGAUCUUAUUGGAGAAUGGAGAGUUUAACAGCUUCCAGUUCUGGAGGAACCCACUGCCUUCUAUUGAGGCUGAUCUGUUGGAUUUGUUUAAUGUGGAGGGAAUGUCCGUGUCAGACAACACUGCAGCAGAGGUUGAGACGCUGCAACAGACGGAGGAGUUAUCUGAGGAACUCCAAGGAGAAGAGAGUGGAGAGGAACAGGAAGAUGGUGAUGAUGAUGGAGGUGGUUGGAUCACUCCCAGUAACAUUAAACAGGUUAAAAUGGAAUCCGGUGACUGGACUGUGUCAGCUGAUGUCAAAGUUGGAUGUCUGACAACUGAUUUCGCCAUGCAGAAUGUUCUUAUUCACAUUGGAUUGCAUGUCCUUUCUGUAAAUGGAAUGCUCAUAAAGCAGGCAAGAAACCACAUUCUACGUUGUCACGCAUGUUUCAAGACCACAACUAACAUGAACAAGGUGUUCUGUUCACACUGUGGCAAUAAGACACUGAAGAAGCUUGCAGUGACAAUUAAUGAGGACGGCAGUGUCCAGAUGCAUUUCUCUAAGAACCCUAAAGUGCUGAAUCCAAAGGGAUUAAGGUACUCUUUGCCCCUGCCUCAGGGAGGCAAACAUGCCAACAACCCUCACCUGGUGGAAGACCAGCAUUUUCCCCAACAGAGAUUGUCCCGCAAGGCCCGCCAGAAAACUGACGUCUUCAACCCAGACUACAUAGCUGGAAGCUCACCAUUCUGUGACAAUGACAUUUAUAGCCGGGCCGCCAACCUGCAGCUACGGGACGGCCAGUGUGGAGGAGGCAGGCAGAGGGCCAAUCCCAACAUGACCCAAAAGAAAUUCACCAAGAAGAGAUGAAGAAUUGGUGUUACCCCAACCCCAAUGGUCAUGAUGAAGAACACAGCCAUCAAAAAAGCAAGUGUGGUCAGGAGAGGCUGUCCAUUAAACCAACCCCAAAAUUAUGCCGUUUUGAUAUCUCACCUCUUAUGAGAUUGGAUAAGAAGCUAGUAUUUUAUUCUGUAAGCUCUUUAAAGAUAACUUAUUUCAAACUCAGUGAAAUACAAUUAUACCCAUGCAAAAGUGAUCAGACCAGCUUUUCAAUUUAUAUAGGUUGCCAAAUCUUAUAAUUCAUGACCACAGCUGUUAUUCUUAAUCAGCAUCACAGUUGUAAAAUAUUGCCUGAUGGAAUGACAGGAAACUGUUCAGGAUUUAUCACCAACUCUUUUGUAGACAAGUAAAUCUGAAUUAUAUUCAAAUAAAGAUCUCUUAAAGAAGUCAAC